CAAAAAGGCAAAAACCCAAGCUCGACUAUAGACCAAUUUCUUCGGUUUACCUAAAACCGAACCACAUCAAUUUUACUUUUCUUAGGUAAAAGAGAAUCUGAGAAAUUUUACAUUUCUCUUUAUCGACAAACAUAAACGAAAAAAGGAAUAAAUCCACAAAAAAGGCAAACCAAACUCAAUUUUGCGCAAAUUCUCCGGUUUAUUUAAAACCGAACCAAAUCCUUUUUACUUUUCUGAACUUUCCUCUUCCACAGCCGGCCAGCCCUAAGCACCUCUCUAACUUCUCCUUUACUCUGUAUUUAACAGAAAGAACCAAAACAAACGAAACAAAUGGAUUUAGGGAUUUCGAAAAGCCACCAUGCCUUUAACUCGUCAACAAUGGCGACCUAAAUUUUCUAAUUCCAGAAAGUAAGCAACUUUAAGCUUCCUCCUCCUCUUUUUCAAUUACAUUACCAUUUUUUGGUGUAGCUUUUUAAAUCAGUGCAUCAGAAUCGAAUCUCACACCUUUUUUGUUCCUUCCUCUUAACCCAUCUUUUGAUUUCACAAAACUCCAGAUCUGACUGAUUUCAUCGAAGAAACAAAUCCGUGGGUCAUUAGAAAAAUCCGAUUUUUUGAUUAAAAGAUGUGGUCGGUGAUGGGUUUAGUGAGACGUACGGCUAUGUCCUCCACCGUGAAUAAAGCUUCUCCGGUUAGGUCUUUGCUUGGUGGGUUUAGAUGUCUCAACGUUGAGUCUAAGGAAGAAGAUGAGAAAAAGGAUAUGACUGUGUUAGAAGCUAAGAAGUUAAUGAGAUUAGUGAAUGUUGAAGAUAUGAAGAAGAAGCUUAUUGGUAUGGGUGAUAAAGAAAUGGUUACUUACACUACACUUAUUGAAGCAUCUCAAGGUUUAGGUAUCGCUAGAUCUCUUGAUGAAGCUCAUGCUUUUGCUCGUGUUCUUGAUGAUGCUGGUGUUAUUUUGAUCUUUCGUGAUAAAGUCUAUCUUCAUCCUCAUAAGGUGGUGGAUUUGAUUAGAAAGGCAGUGCCUUUAGGUUUGAAUCCAGAUGAUGAGUUGAUUAGAGAAGAGUUUGAUAAGAUGAGAAGUAUGAAGGAAGAGAUUGAUGUGUUAGCUCAUCAACAAGUGAGGAAGAUUCUAUGGGGUGGUCUUGGUUACUCAGUGGUUCAAAUUGGAAUCUUUGUUAGGCUAACUUUUUGGGAGUUUUCUUGGGAUGUGAUGGAACCAAUAACGUUUUUCACUACAGCUACUGGGAUUAUUGUGGGUUAUGCUUAUUUCUUGAUGACUUCUAGAGAUCCAACGUAUCAAGAUUUCAUGAAAAGGUUGUUUCUUUCCAGGCAGAGGAAGUUGCUUAAGAGUCAUAAGUUUGAUGCUGAGAGGUUUAAAGAACUGGAGAACAAGUGGAAGAUAACGUCUUGCUCUUCUUCUUCGUGCCACGCUAAUGCAUCGAUUCGGAAUCGUGUUGGUGUUGAUCUUGAUUUGGAGGAUUCUUUGCAGAGUCAUCACAGAGAUUGAUUGGUUCUAACCAUUUUUCACUUUUGAUGAUAUUACUUAACCAGAUUUUCUUCUCUCUGGAGGUUGAUCAAGUUUGAUUAUUUGGUGUUGAUUGAUCCAAAGAGUUGGAGUAGUCAUGGUGAUUUUUAUUUGAUAAUCUUGAGCUACUCUUAUUUAAAUCAGCUCAUGUGUUAAUCUUUUCUAUGGUUAAGGAUUUUGACGGAUUAUAAUAGUCUAGUAACUAUGAUUUUGGCUCUUAGAUUUUUUGUUUUUCUCUUCAAUAUUUGUUUCAAGGGUUUAAGCCUUAAGAGGGUAAAAUGGUACGAAGAAAAUGAAAGUGAGU